AUGGUAAUAUUUGGUAUUGGCUAAGUGACAGGUAGUCUGCUCAUUGGAUAGAUUAUUGAUCGCAGAGGGUCAAAAUAUGUCUCUAUGCUUAACUGUGGCAUAAUAUUAAUAAUGACAUUUUGCACCUUAGCAUUCUUAGGCAUUAAUAAGUUCAAUAUGCUUGCCUUCUUAAUGACUUUUAUUUGGGGUAUUUAAGAUGCUUUUGUCAACAUUCAUUGCUUCGAGAUACUAGGUUUUGAAUUCGAUAACAACUCAGAGCCAUUUUCAAUUUUUAAUAUGGCUUAGGCUCUGGGUGUCUUUAUUUUUUAGAUAAUAGAAUCAGUCAUAGAUAGCAGGAUUAAAUAUAUGAUAUAUACUGGGUUCAUUGGGCUUAUUGGAUUAUACUCAUGUGGACUCACUUAUUUCUUUGAUUUUAGGGAGCAUAACAGCUAGCCAAUGGAGGUUAGAAUAUCAAAGAUAAAUAUUAGCCUUCAAUAAAAGGAAUAAAACUUUGAUGAGCAUCGAGUGUGA